AUGAACCCCAGUAUUCACUACGCUUUUCAAGAUUUAAGCCCAAACUAUAAUCAAUAUAUUUUUCCUCCAAGAGCUGUUGACGCAGAUUCACAACAUCAAAACGGGCCAAUCAGAAUAGAAGAGAAUCCUCAAAUAAAUGACAAAUUCGAAUUGACGUUUUAUAAUCAAUCCAAAUCUGACACUCAAGAUAAAACCAACGAAGAAGAACUAAUAGAGCAAGCUUAUGGUCCAAGUGCAAGAGACUUAUCCCAAAAAAUAGAUGCCGAGCUCAGUGAAGAUAUAGUCUCAAAUUAUUCCAUUGAAGAUUCAUUAAGAAACCUUGUCUAUUCAGAAAGCAGCCUUAACGAAACUCCUAGACUAAUGGAUACUAACAGAUCAAGGAAUGAAGAUCCGAGAACUUCAAGAAGCACUGAUAGACGAUCUAAUGUGGAGCACCAUCAAAUUUAUAAAUUAUUUGAGAGUUUCUCUAUUGCAUUAAGCAAAGUUUCAAAUGAAUCUGUUGAUAACUAUAAAGAAGUGAGCACAAAAAUUUCAAUCAUCGAAAAUAAGCUGGCCGAUCAAAGCAAUUCAGCAAAGGAUUUUCAAGAGAAUUUUGAGCAUAAGGUAAAAGAAUGAAUAAAUGAAAGCCUAAAACCUCUGAUAGAAAUUAAAGAUCAGAUACCAAUUAUUAAUGAACAAAGGGAAAGCUCAGACAAAUCAAUUGAAGCAAUCAAAGCUGAAAUGAUAUUAAGCAGCAAAAAGACACAAGACCUAGAAAGUAAGCUAACUUUAUUAGAAGAAAAUUUGAAACCAACCUUUUUAUCAGUUGAUUCCCUAAAAGAAAUGCAGGAAAAUCUAAAAGCUAUGAUUAAAGAGCUACAAAGCAAUAUUUCAACUAUUCAAUCCAAACUCUAUAAUUUUAAGGAUGCAAACAUCAAAAUAUCCAAAGAAAUCAACUCCACAAGUGAAACUUUUUUAAAAGCUCAAGAAGACUUAAAAGCAAAACUCGACCAAAUGAGCAACGAAAUUCUAAUAGUCAGAGGCAACCAUCAAAAAUUAAGCACUGCAGUCAGAAACAAAGUUACAAAAUUAGAGCAUAAGUGUUCAGAUUUGUCCAAGCAGCAAACGACAAAAGAAGAAACAACUAAUAUUGCAGCUUAUCUAGAACUCGAAGAAAGGAUUAUCAAUUUAGAGAACCAUCAAAGAUCUAUAGUUGAUUUGAAGCAAGAGCUGUGUGACAAUGUCCAAAAACUUAACAAUUCAACCAACUUUCAAGAAAAUGGCCCAUACACUCCUAUUAGAAGAUCAGAGUCUGCUUCAAGACUGAAUACAAGAAUGUCUACAUCUUAUUCCAAGUUUCCGAAAAGAGCUUACACCAAACCUUCUACUCCUUCAGCAAUUUCUAAAAACUUAUUAACAAAUGGUGACACAUCUCCAUUAUCAACCAAGAAAGCCGAAACCAAUGAGCUUGAAGAAAGACUAUCAUGCUUAGAAAAACUAUCUAUCCAUAGAAAAGCAAUCGAACAAGCUGAGACUAUCAAAACUCGCUCAGACAAAGAGUCUCUUGAUGAUUUUCUUCCAGGUGAAGCUGAAAGUGUAGUCGUUAGUUCGUUACUAGAAAAAUCCAAGCGAAAUCGGCACAGCGAAAUUCUUCAGCUCAGCUUUGGCUCCUCUGGCAAAAUCCUAAGCCCCAUGUCUGCUUCUUUUAAAUCACUUGUGAGCUAUAGUGAAAAAAUAUCUCCAAGCUACAACGAGAACUGUUCUGCUUUUCCAAGCCUCGAACUCCAAGAAACCUUGAAAACUAAAGGAUUCAAUGUGACAGAAUCCAACCCCAAACUGUAUAGAGACUCAAGAUCUUUUUUUUCCGAGACGAAAUAA